CCUACUCCAGAAGCAAGCCCACACAUCGGGGAUACCUCUGCGAGCAAGCCGGGAGCGAAGAAACGAUCCUGCAUUCGGACGUGGAAUUCCGAAGCAAGUCAGCAGCGUCGUCGUCUCACGUCGCCGAUUCCGUUCAGCAGUCAGCAGGCAAAGUCGGAAUGGACGGCCAAGGCCAACGUCAGCCGCAGCGUCCGCCGGGAUCAGGAAGAACACAGCAGUUGCCAGCUGUGCCCGCACCUGUGCCGCCGAUCUCAACUGUUCCUGUCGAACAGCAGCCAGCAAUAGCUGUGCAGCCGAUUGUUGCGAAUGAGCAACCAGCGAGUGUUGCUUUGCCGAUCUCUACUGAAACGCAGCCGGUUAGUGCUGCCCCGCCGAAACGAAAAUUCAACAGACCUAAAUCUGUUAGUACAGAGCCGAAGAGGAAGGAUAUCCUCGUUGAACAUUAUCUGGUGAAAUUACCAAUUUCCCGCAUGUCCGACGCCGAAUUUGAGUUUUAUAAGACUACAAAGUCUUAUGAAAAUGAAGCCGAACCGAAUUCCGAAGAAUACAAACGGAAUACGAUGGCCGUUUUACGCAAAAUGAACGAAUCCGAUAUGAAUAAGGACCAACGUGCGUUCUUUAAUCAAUAUCGCGAUGAUUACCUAGAUGAAUAUCUAGAUGACGCCGAUUUGUCGAACGAUAAUAAUGAACAGCCGCUUAUUCGUUUUCCGCCAAAUGGCGAAGAAGCCGAAAUAUUCCACGACACAGUGGAAAAUGUGCUGGCUCAAUUUGAGCCCCCUGUGUUGCCGAUGUCGGAGGUACUAGGCGAUGCUUUACAUGCAGUCGCUGGAGCCGCUACAGCCGAUUCUAUUUCUGACGUUGCUGCCGUCGAUGCUGACACCGACAUGCUGAACGAUGCGUGAGCGACGAUGCCGAACUGCUGCUAUGGAGGACAAGAGAUUCUCCAAGCUGAAUUCAUUCUGGAAUGGGAUCUCAUCAAAUUCGCCAAUUUUUUGUGAUUUUUAUAACCUAGUAUAUGCGCCGCAAAUUGUACUCGGUCGCAUUUUGCUCAUUGUUUUGUGUUUGUUUUUUUCGAUUUGGUGUGUCCUCGCGGGAGCUUCGGAGUUCCACCCGUGGCAUGCUAGGAGGCCGGUGCCACCGCCCACGAUAGUGGGGCUGCGUGGAUAGCCGCACCGUCUCUCCGGUCUGUUUUUGCCGAUUCGACCGUGUAUUAAAAUACACGGCCUUCACUCGAUGAUUUUGCCUUCUCCCAGCCAAGAAUAUCUUGACUGGUCGAUGCUGUUUUUCCCUUUGCUUUCUGUCAUCCAGAGGAUGAUCUAGAUUUGUCGGGCACUUUGCCUUUAUUAAAAUUUGCUAUUUUAAUAAAGCUUUCGUUUGGUAGCACGUCGAUUCCGUUCGCAUUUCUGUGACACGCGCACGGCGUGCUUACACAGGUGUCCCUAUUUUGUUCUCAUGCAGAGGUGUCCC